AGUGUCUGGAGGGGAGGACUCGGGAGCGCGACCAGCCGAGGGAUCGAUCGGAUUAAACUCGAUUUGAGUGAAAUUAACACAAAGGAGAGAAGAGCAACGCACACUAGUCGGCGAGGUCGCGGAUGCGAGACACGCCGGAGAAAUAUUUCAUGAAAAACAAAAAAAACUUGAACUUUUUUCAUCUGUUUAUUUAUAUUUCUAACUGAAAAGGACCACGGUGGAUUUUUUUUUCAAGCAAGCGGAGAUACUAACCCUACUAACGAGGAGUUGAUUUGAUAAAAAGCCCGAAGUGACCGAGCUUGCUGGGAACCUUAAUGAGGACCAUGGAGUAGAAAGCUUCAAAUUAGCAGCUAUCUGAUUAGCUCCUCACUGCACAACACACCUCCCUCCAUCCAGUCCCCUCCAUCUGUGGGCCCCCCACCCAGCCAUGGCGGACCCAGGGAUGUUGAGCUUAUUCGGGGACGAUGCAGGGCUGUUCUCAGAUGGAUUAGAUGGUUUAGGAGACUGCUUUCCUCAGCAGCCAGCCCCUGGCCAGUCCAACCCUUUAGCCCAGCAGACUAAUCCCUCUCUGAACCAUGAGCACCAGGGAAAUAGGGGUUACCACCAGGGGAUGAUCCAUGGUGCUGGGCCUAGCCCAGGGCAGGCGAAAAUGGGGCAAAUGUACGACCACGGCCCCUACACAGGCUAUGAUCAGUCUGGUGCCCCCGGAGGACGGAUGAUGGCCCAGAACGGACCCAGCCAGGGGCCGCCAAAUGUGAACACGGCCAUGAAUGGCAUGGCCUCCCACUACCAUAAUAACCCAGCUAACUCUAGCAACCCCCACCAUGGGUACCAGGGUGAUGCUGGGGGAGGAGGAGGUGGGGGUGGAGUUUGGGGCCAGCAACAGCAGAACAGAUCAGCUUAUCAGCAGGCUCCGGCACAACCAGGGGGCGCCCCCAACCAGAUGGGAGGCUACCAGAUGUCUCAAGGCAACUAUGGUGGGAUGCAAGGUCCACCUACAUCCAAUGCAGCUCGCAUGAACCAACACUACCCUCCACAGAGCAUGGCGCCCCCUCCUGCUCAGGACCCAUCUCACUACUUGGGACACGUUGGAAUGACGGGGACCCAGAUGAGACACCCUCAGCCUCAGCAACAGCCCCAGGGUUACCCCAACAUGGGCCACACACCCCGAUACCCACACUCCCCCUCUCGACAGCCUCCACACCCCCACCAGCACCAACAGGGCAUGGGGGGAUUUGGGGGUGCUCAGUAUUCUGGCUAUCAGGCCCAAUAUGGAGCCAUGGGACCCGGGAUGGGCCAGGGUGCUAAUGCUAAUGUCAAUGCUAACACCAGCCAGGCCAUGGGACCAGGGCAGCUUGGCCAGAGGUUUACCCAGGGAUCAGGAACAGCACCGGGGCAACAGGGGCAGCGAUACCCCCCUGGACCGCCACACCAAACCCAACCCCUUCAGACCCAUUCUGCCCCGAUGCAGCAGCAGGCAGGGCAGCAGAGCCAGCCUAUGCACCCCCUAAACCACCCCCAGCACCCUCAGAAUCUGCCCCAGCCCCAAAACCAAGCCCAGUCCCACCUUGCCCCCCCAGCUCAGGGAUCUUACCCCUCCCCUUCAUCCAUGUCCCCCAUGCGGGUUUUGGGAACACCAACCCCUCCUCCACAACAGGGCAGACCCCCUAGCGCAGGACUAGCUGGGCCCCCAGAGGUUGCAGGAUACACUGCCCUGCAGUCUCCACCCAAUGCUAUGGCCCAUCCACAGAGAACUCCCCAGACCCCUCUCUCUGCCCCACACCCCCAACACCAGCAGACCCACAACAUGCCUCCAAAUGCAGGGCAGAUGUAUCCUGGUAUGGGGCCGCAGCGUGGUCCACAAAUGGGACCAAACAGGCCUCAGCUCCAGCAACAGCAAGGGCCUCACGAAGCUCCAGUCAGUCAGGGGGGAGACCAGCGUCUGCUCCAGGCCCAGCAGCAGGCCUCUCGAAGCGGGCAGCCCUUGCAGCCUGCUCCCAUGGGUUUCCAGGGUCCGCCCGUUGGUCAGCAUGGAGCGCCGGCCCAGAACCAGGGCUUAGCUCCACAGGGCCAGAGCGCUCAGACGCAGCACGCACAUCUGCCCCCACACCCCCACCACCUGCAGAGCACGCCCCCUCCCUCCAACCAGGUCUCUCACCCAUGGGCACCUCCGCCCGCCACCUCCCACCCACUCUCCUCACCCCCUCUUACCCCACAGAAAGUGCCUCACAUACAGCAUUCCCCCACGGACCCGUCAGGUGAUGCCUCAAUGAUGGUUCCUGACAGGCCAACGGUCGGCACCGGAGCCCCCGGCCAGCCUAUCAGCACAGAGAAGCCCAGCGACCAGGAGACCAAGCCAAAAAAGAAGAAGAAGAAGAAAGCUAAAGCAGGGGAUGGAGAAGAAGAAGAGGGAGGGAAGAAGGCAGUGAGGGAAAGUGGAGAGGAAGACAUAAAGUCCGAAUUUCCCGGAAUAGGAAGCGAUGCAGGUGAACAGGUUACUGGCACAGGAGCAGCAGAGGGAAGUUCACCGCCGGUGGAGGAGAAGAAAAAGCGGAAAAAGAAACCAAAGGAGAAGGCAGAGGGCAAGGAGCCCAAAGAGCCCAAGACCCCGAAGACGCCCAAAACACCCAAAACACCGAAGACCCCCAAAGAGCCCAAGGAGCCCAAGGAGAAGAAAGCCAAGAGCUCCACACCCAAGGCCAAGACUCCCAAGAAAACCAGCAGUAAAAAGGUGGAGUCGGAGGGCGGGGCUAGCGCUGCUAAGAAGGAUUCUAAGAGGAAGAGAGAGUCAUCAGUCAGUGAUGACGUGGAGGUGAAGUCUCCACCCCCCUCUCCUCCUGAAGAAGAAGAUGAUGAUGGUGUGCAGAAGCGUCGCUCCAGCCGUCAGGUGAAGAGGAAGAGGUACACAGAGGAUCUGGAGUUUAGGAUCUCUGACGAUGAUGACAGCGGAGACGACUCUCCAGCACCAAAAUCCCCAUCGUCCUCAUCACAGCAACAG